AUGUCCUCUCCAGUGUGUGCAAGUGAAGAAGAAAUGCAGAGUGUGGCACAGUUUGUAUCGGCCAUCUGCCAUGCGUAUAACUCCCAUUGUAUAUUCGACGACUUCCGUAACAGAAUGCUGGCGACAGGAUACUAUGGUUACGCUCACGCCUCCACACACACACAACCAGGCAGAGAUUUGCAUUUCCCUCGAUCAGCAUCUAAUCAUGCUCCUGUGCUUGCAUACAGCGAUAUAUCGCAUACGCAACACAGUGCAUCAUCAGACAUUGGUAGUUGGGUACGGAUUGAUCAGGCCUUGGUCACAGCUGAUUGCUAUGCGGAUGUCCUGCUGCAUAUUAUUACACUCGAUGGUAGGGAGCUCGAGGAUAGCACAGUACACAUGCAAGCGAAACGGCGCAUAAGUGGCUCCGUAGUGACUGCUGAACCCUUGGGCAAGCGUAGACGCGAUAGUACAAACGACGUUCAGAUACAACACACUAUCAAUCUCACGUCGCCAGCACGGGCGACAGCAGCAGCCGCAGACGUAGUGAUGUCUCUCAGGACUAAUAUGGUGGUUGAUGUGCCUGUACAUCAUCGAAUUAUAAACACAGAACAAACUCCUCCAUCACUUAUCCGUGCUCACGAUACUGAGGCACGUUCUGCAUCAGCCCAUACACGAACAGAUACGAACACAUACCCCGUGAAUAUCAGAGGAGAUAGAUCUAAUUCUGUCGUCAGGAGAAAUCUGAGUCGCCGAGAAAUGGCAUAUCUGGACGUGAUGUUGAAUGUGCUACGUUUUGAGCUGUUAUCGUUUGUUGUGCCCCCCGACGAGUUAUUGGGGACUGUAUACAAGUUCGCGCUCGCUUUGGUCCAAAAUGAUAUCAAAUGUAAGCUUUUACAUUGCCAUACAUAUAAACACUCAUCGAACAGUAAGGACUCUCCGCCUAGUCAGGAUACAUUGGAUCAUGCACCCAGGUCGCCCGAAUUUUGCGUUCAAUUGCUGGAUGUCAUACUUGCGGCUUUACAAGAUAGUGUGGUACAAAUCCUUGGGUUCUCGUCUGUGGCGUUUUUGCUGCAAUUGCUGCGAACCUUUGUGACGGGUUUGGCGGGCGAGUUGCGGAUCACCUGUGGCACUGAAUGCUCGGGCAUACGUGCACAACCUGAGCCUCACGUGCACGUUUCAAACGCAAGCACACCCCUGUCAGAUGAUCGUACAUCACCCAUUGCCAGAUUUUUUACCGCUCCUCUUGACACGAGAAUGUGCGAUGGGGACCGAGCGGCAUUUGCCAUCCCCGCCAACUCCAGGUCAGCAACAUCUGCAAAAUGUUCACGUUCAAUAGUGGUUGUACAAGACUAUAGAGAGAUCCUGUUGCAAUCAGCAAAGGUUUGUACAAAGAUAGUUGAGACCGCCAUGCAAACACCCGUGGCCGUGCGCACGCUGGCUGAGGAAGUACUAAUCGUUAUCAAAGGCCUGCUUCAAGUGGUUGACGUCCGCAAACAUGAAUCACAUCUGGGGAAGCCGGUGUGUGAUCAUGCGAAUCAUACAGCUAAACUGUACGCUAAAGGUUUGUGUGACAGCACAGAAAUGCAGAAAGAACCGUCUGGCAUAUGUCCUGCAGCUGCUGCCAGCAGUUCCCACACUGAUAAAUCGCACACACACACAAGCACGAACAAGAGCAAUGUACCUAUGCUCAGGCGAGAGCGGAGGUUAGCAUUCUGUGCCGCAGAAUACAUUGCCGUGUGCAUUCAACGGGGCAUAGACUCUCCGGGGAUGCAUGAGCAUACAGCACAAAGACUCUGUUUGCGCAUGGGUCUAGACGCACGCCGCUUGAAAAAGACUGAAUUUAAGAGCGGGCAAGGUAUAGGUGCGCCAGACAGGACCCUCAAUAACCCCCCCGAAGGGGUUGCUUUGGUACUCGAGCUGUACAAGCUGGUCCACCCAUCUGAGACCAGAGCACUCUUCCGCUGCCUGCGUAGAGCGGGAGUUCAGUUAGCUUCUGAUUCGUGUAGUGAUAAUAACAGGCGCAAUCUAUCCCACGGGACCAGCUCCGUUCAGGCACAGAGUUUGCCGAGAGCUAUCAAUGCUUAUUCUCCCGUUACUAUGCGUUUAUUUGGCGUUAGCGUCACGCCACGCUUGAUAAGGUUGCUAUAUGCAAUAUCUCACGAUCAGCGUAUCCCGAGUGCAAGCUCACGGGCAUACAACACAUCAAGUGCGUGUGUAGCAAAAGACACGCAUAGCACAGAAUGCACUGACUGUCAUGUGGAGAAUGACCUGCCUUCCCUGGAACAUGACGAGAGACUUAGCGAGAAACCAAGUUUCGCACUUGUCAAGAAACAAUUGAUUGCCCUGCGGAAUAGGUACGAGCGUCAGUUUGCCGUCUGUUUAGCGGGAGAUGCCGUACAAUACAAUAACUUGCACGACCGAGCCAUAGAGUGCAGUGGGGAUGACGGAUGGCUGGACAGUUUAGAUAUGCGGGAAAGAAUGUUGCUGACCACACAGACUGUUAAACUGGUGUGUGAGUGUCCCUCGACACUUCUACCCAGGGCUGUAGGGGGGCUCGCACUGCUGGUCGCGUACUACGCGGCUGUCGCAAAGCGCACAUCACACACCAGCACAAACACACGCAACAGCAAACAUUCGGAGUUAAACACACAAACCACACAUACAAAUAUAACCAUAGAUAAAACAGGCAGAAACACACAUGUGAGAGAAAGACCUCGAUCUGCAGAUUCUGAUCAAAACAAGGAUAGUGUAAUGCAGAUACCGUGCUUUAUUGGGAACGAGGACAGGCAAGCUGAUACGGUAAUGGAGGAGCCACAUAGCACAGCAACGACACACUCAGAGAUGGAGCAUCUGUGCGAGGCUCUGAUGAUGGCGUUUGAGAACGCGGGUAGUCUUUGGCAGCUAUUUAUUUGCUGCUGCGCAUGUUUAGAAGCCCAAGAAAGGGGCUCGGAUAUACGCGUCCACAAGCAAUGCUGUUUGCCAGUAGGUGGCGCUGGAAGUGACAGCAAGUGUGACUACCACAAUAUGCGAAGCAAACUUGGGCAACCGUUGGAUAGAGAUAGAAAUAUACAUGACACGGAUAGCCAUUUUCACACCCAGCUAUGCUGUUGUGGAGAGGUAGGGUCCUUGACAUCGGACGUAGCGCCACAUAGGCCGUGGUUGCUUGUGCUAGGUAUCGUUGUUGCGGGUUUGGAAGACAUCUUAAUUGUACUGCCGCCGUCCCUGCGAUCGCGUAUGUGGUAUACUUUAGCUCAAGGAUAUUCUACUGUGUGUGAACAGGCCGUGUAGCGGCCGUACAGUGUCGAAUUGUGAUCUAGAAGUAACAUAAGGCUGAGAAUGGUUGGCAUGGUCGAGAAGUUGAUGGAAGUGAUAUAAAAC